AUGGGUUUAUCAGGAAAAUACGAGCUUCCCUUCAAGCUCAAAAACCCGGACCUGCUCCAUAAUGAGUCUUUCAUCCACGGGGAAUGGGUCAAGUCGAAGUCGGGCAAGACUUUUGAAGUCGCAGACCCCGGUACCGGCAAGACUUGGGUAGAAUGUCCGACGAACGAUGCCUCGGAUGUUGAUGCCGCAGUCAAAAGUUCGCAUGAAUGCUUUCUUGAAUACAAGAAGAUCAGCCCUCGUCAACGAGCUCAGAUGCUUUACAAGUGGGAUGCCUUGAUCAAGGAGAAUAGGGAAGAUAUCGCAACCAUUCUUGUGUAUGAGACGGGAAAGCCGAGAUCUGAGGCAUACGGCGAGAUCGACUACUCGACUGGAUUUACCUGGUGGUUUGCGGGCGAGGCCGAACGUAUCCAGGGAUCUGUCUUCACUCCGGCGCUGCCCAAUCGUCGCAUCUUCACCAUCAAGCAGCCACUGGGUGUUGCAGCAGCAUUGGUGCCAUGGAACUUUCCGAUUGCCAUGGUUUUGAGAAAGGCGGGUGCGGCGCUCGCUGCUGGCUGUACCAUGAUCGUGAAGCCUAGCCCCGAGACUCCUGUCACUAUUCUGGCCCUAGCAUAUCUCGCAGACAAGGCUGGUUUCCCGAAAGGUGCGCUCAAUGUGCUGACGACCGAUCUCGACAAGACACCGGAACUCAGUGAGGCGCUUUGCCGACACCCUCUUGUCAACAAGGUGACCUUUACGGGCUCGACCAGAGUCGGAAAGCUGGUGGCCAAGAUCUGCUCGGACAAUUUGAAGAAGGUCACGCUCGAGCUGGGAGGCAACUGUCCGGUCCUCAUUUUUGAUGAUGCAAACAUUGAGCAGGCGAUCGCACAAGUUUUUGCACUGAAAUUCCGCCAUGCUGGCCAAGCUUGCAUCACUGCAAAUCGGAUCUACGUGCAGUCGGGCAUUUUUGACAAGUUCCUGGAGCGCUGGAAUGCAGAAGCUCAAAAAAUAGUUGUUGGCCAUGGCGCGGACGAGAAGACCACUAUGGGACCAGUGACCACACCUCGCGCAGUGGACAAAGCGUUGGCUCUAGUAGAAGACGCGAGGAAGAAGGGAGCAAAGAUCCAUACUGGUGGCAACAAGGUCGAGAAGAAUGGCGGAUACUUCUUCGAGCCGACAGUCAUCACAGGCGUGACUCCUGACAUGGACAUCGCACAAGAGGAAGUUUUCUCACCCAUCAGCACUUUCAUCAAGUUUGAGACUGAAGAUGAGGUUGUCAAGGCGGCGAACGACACCAGCAUGGGUCUUGCAUCGUAUUUGUUCACCAAGAACGUCGACCGUCUGUGGAGACUAUUUGAGAAUCUUGAGGCGGGCAUGAUUGGUCUCAAUACCGGUAACUCAUCGGCUGCCGAAUCACCAUUUGGUGGUAUCAAGCAGAGCGGUUAUGGAAAGGAGUCAGGUAAGGACGUGGCGGUGAACGAAUAUCUCAUUACAAAGACCGGAACGUUCACGCUGGAGGAUCAAUCGUAAGCUGUGUGGCGGUGAACGAAUAUCUCAUCACAAAGACCGGAACUUUCACGCUGGAGGGUCAAUCGUAAGCUGUGUGGCGGUCGAUGUUUGCUAUCGGAGCAUAGCUCUUUGUAGUUGUCUUGACAGUACUUCGUAAUGCGAGACCU